AUGUUUGGUACCACGUCAUUGCCUGCCUGGCCGCCGGAUUCCCGGCUUGCCGGCCCGGCACAGCCUUUUUUGCGUGGCUUCACCGUCUCAACGGUGCCCAGUACGCGCGGGUUUUCUACGAACGCGGAAACCCUGUCGCCGUACCCGGACGGCGUUUGCGUGCGGGUCCCACGCUCCUGCAGCCCCAACCCAACGCUGCUGGGGACGACGACCUCUGCGGCGUAUCGAGCGCGCGCCAGACCGCAUCUUCCCCCGCUGCCCACGGGUUCGCCUGGCGAGUACCGGAAGCAGCUGCCGCAGCGGUGUGGCGGCGGCAGCCCUGUGGCGGGGGCGUUGUUGUCUCUCAAGGGCCACGACGGGGAGAAUGACGUUGGCUACUGGUCCGUGCUGUACGUCACAGCCGGCGGUGAGAUGCUCGGGGCAACAAAACUGCCGGACCCCCGCGGCAGGGGCCCCCUCACCUUCGAGAGGGUCGUGGGCGCCAUCGAGGAGAACGCCGCCCUCUUGCGGCUCAGAGUUUCGUACAUCACGUACUUCGACACUGACUUUGACGCGUACGUCCUGCUGACGCACCGGACCGCCCAGAAGUGCAGCGGCCACUUUCGCGUCGUGGUGGCCUCGGGCUCGGAGGCCGCCGCCAAAGCUCCGGCGGCGAAGGCGGCGGGCGAGUCACGGAGGGACGACGCGCCACAGUCGUGCAACGAGGCGGUUGGGGCGUCCCCGCGGCAAUUGGUGGGACUCUCUCGAGCGCCCAAGGCGCAUUCCCGCCAAGAACACGGCACAAAUGCGGCGGGUGCGCCUGCGCCAGAGCACUUGCUGGCGCAGCGGACACUUCUGUUCCAGGCGGAGGCCGCGCGGCGUGAGGCGAUCGUGACUGACGAGGAAAGCUGGCGGUUGAUUAUACAGGCAAUGGGAAAUACACGAAUCACUUUUUGGCCGAGAGGCCUAUGA